GUCAUCCCGCUGCGGGCCGGUUGCCAUGGCAACCCUGGAUCCCGCCGCUGGCCGCGCGCCGCAGUGAAGAGAGCGGAGAGAGACACCGAGAGGAGGUGAGUCACCGACACCGAGAGAGACGACCGAGGAGCGGGGACGGAAGGCCGGUUAGCCCGUUAGCCCGUUAGCGUCCCCUCUACCGUCAAACAAGACGUCAGAACAGAACCAGCGCGGGAACGACCGCUCCAACCCCGGACUGUUGCUGCAGUCUGACCAGCAGAGCCGCAGCAACCUGUGAGCUAGCAGAUAAAACUGUUGAUGUUAUCGACCACCAUGUUGCUUCCUCCGAGUGAAGCCAGAGCAGCAGCCUAAACAGCGACCAGUAGCAGGCCACCAGUGUGAGGGGACAUAACUGUGGCCCGGUCAUCGGCAGGUCUUGAGGUUGGACAGAUGGACGUCCUCUCAGACCGCCACGCUGAUCAGCUGAUCUGGAAUCAGUCUGGUCACAGCCUCAGGUCUAGUUAAGCCCCGCCCACCACAGCUUCUUGUCCUAGUUCAAGUGAAGACAACAGAAUGAGCCAGGUGAAGGACGUGGAGCCUGGUCGAGGAAUGGAGGGAAAGGUGCAGACCUGGGCUCAGUCUCUGGUUUACACGCUGGAGGAACUCGAAUGUAAAAUCUGCUACAAUCGCUACGACACUCGCAGCAGGAAACCCAAACUCCUGGGCUGUCUGCACCGAGUCUGUGCCAAGUGUCUGAAAAAGAUGGUCGACAUGGGAGAGUCCUCGCCUGUCAUCAGCUGUCCUUUCUGUCGCCACAAGACUCACGUCCCAGAUGACGAGGUGUGGCUGAUGGAGGACGACCGACACAUCCUGGCUGUUCUGUCGUGUCAGGAUCGAGCUCGUCGAGGAGGAGGAGGAGGAGGAGGAGAGGGUGGAGGGGAGAUGGUGCUGAGUCCAAACAGUCUGACUGGUAAAAUUGGACAAGGAGGGAUUGAAUCGUCUCACCACUCCUCCGAUUGUCUCGUCAUCACCAUCAUGGAGCUCCCUGAGGAGUCUCCGUCCUCAGACUCACUGAGCACGCUCAAUGUGGUGGGUCUGUACCGCCCCCCCAGCCUCGACUCGCUGCCCUGCAACUUGCCGGCUCAGAAGUGUCGUGCCUGGACGUCCCGCAGCUUCCCCCGCUGCCUGCUGGGGGCGCUCUGCUUGGUGUACUUCAGCUCGUUGCCUCUGGGCAUUUACCUGCUCAUGAUUGGCCAGCUGUGGCUGGGCGUGGUCCUAGUCAGCCUGGUUCCCUCCACGCUGCUGCUGCUCGUCCUCUACGGCUUCUGUCAGUGUCUGUGCCACGAGCUGAUGGAGGCGCUCGCUGCACGUUCACACACGCUGCCAUGACCACAAGACCAGAGACGCUGUCGUGACUUCAUCACGCCAUACACUGCCAUGACAACGAGACGAUGCAUCGCUGCCAUCGUGACGACAUUGUAGAUUACUAUGAAGACCGCAGACGCUGCCAUGACAACCACAGACACUACCAUGACAACAUCGACACAAGCUGCCAUAAUGACCACGACAUGGUUCAUGCUGCUGUGACGACUGAUGCUACGACUGCGACAGAGACGCGGUGACGGUCAGAAUUAUGCCAUUAAAUCAACUCCUCUCUGCCGUAAUAGAACUCACCAUAGGCUGUUUAAAAACAUGGAUGACAUGACAGCUGCCCAAAAGUGAAGCCAAAACAUAUAAAACGCCCCCUGCUGACCGGUUUCAGUAUAGGCCAUAAAACCUGCCUCCUCCAUGUUAACAGAUGGGACAGUGGUCAAACUAUAGGUUUAAGAAAAACUCUUAAAUACCCUUUUAUUUAUUUCAAAGUUGAGUACUUACAGUAUCUCAGAUGUUUCCAACAGUUUUGCAAAACCAGAGUACGGAAGAGGAUUUAAGCUAUUAGAAAAAAAACAUUUGAAUUGCAACUCUUUUUAAAAUCUGAGAAAAAGUCAAAACAGCGAGAUUAAAAUCACUAGAGGUGAAAAUGUUUAGAUUAAAGAAGAAAAAUAUAAAUGUAACAUUUUUUAAAAUUCUGAGAACAAAAACAGAAUUCUGUUUUUCUUUUUCUCAGAAUUUGGAGGAAAAAAAAGUGAUAUCCAUAACGAAGUCACUGAUAAAAAAUGUCAGCACCAGUUAGCGGGGGUUAUUCUGGCUUCACUUUUGUUCAAAGAACUUUAUUUAUGGACUAUCAUUUAGAGAUAAAGGAUUUAAAGAGCUUUACAAAAUUAACAAGACUAGUUUUUGGCUGACCACAGCGACCUGGGAUGCCUGUUGAAAUGCUGGACAGGGGAGAGGAGUAGCUCCGCCUACUCCCCCAACAAGGUCUCCAUAGCACUACAGACAGAGCAUGGCGUCAGCGGCCGUCCACUCCGCUCCAAGAACCACCGCUAGAUGUCGCUCCUCCUCUGCUGACAGCUCUGAAGUUUAGUCAGUCAGACCCGUGAGUAGGGCCGACACCAGCAGUCCAACAAAAACAGACAAAUUAAAGACAUCACCAUGAGCAAAAGGCAGACUUAAAAUAAGAUAUGAAAUAUUAACAUUUAACAUGGAAUUAAACACAAAGUAGGAUUGAAUAUUAUUAAAAUACGCAGUUCAUGUUUGCUAAAUCUAAACUUUACAGUUUUUAAAAUUGUAAUAUAAAUUACUGAUAUAAUUUGUUAAAGUUUCAAUUAAUUAAAGUUCAGUCAGGAACACUCGUCAUAGAUUUGAACCAUUUAUUGCUGAAUGGAAUGCAGUUAGAGUUGGCGUUAUAGCUCUGCUUUUCAGAGUACUCCCUGGGUUAGCCAAGCAACCUGCUUAGGCUUUCCAGGGAGUGCAUGCAAAAUCCCCACAUGGGUAAAUACAUACACAGAGACUUCAUAGGAUACGACAUGGAGAUUUAAAAGGAGGAGGCUGGGGUGGAGGAGGCAAUAUUUCUGACAGCAGCGACAGGGUAGCAUAGGUGUAGCAGGGAAGAGUGAGAGUGGAGACGAGAUUUAAAUAUGCCGCCUUAUUACUAAACACACGCUGUGAUUGGUUGAGUGGGGUUGGGAAUAGUGAUUCGAACAUCAGCCUGUCAGCUGAUAACAUCUGGGCGUAUGACUUCUGUGUCCUGCAUGAACUUACGUAAACUUCAUUCAUUACACUUUGUCAAGAUAACAAAAGAAUGUUCUCUUUCAGAGACAAUCAGACAACAACCAGAACAACUACACAACCAUUAAACCAAGAACAGACACACUGAGACAACCAGAACAACUACACAACCAUCAAACCAAGAACAGACACACUGAGACAACAACCAGAACAACUACACAACCAUCAAACCAAGAACAGACACACUGAGACAACCAGAACAACUACACAACCAUCAAACCAAGAACAGACACACUGAGACAGCAGCACUGAGACCAGAACCAUCCGGAACAUUUCAGCUCCUUCACUGGACCCAGAACAGGAUCAGAACCAGAGGAACAUCCAGACCUUCAGAACCAAAAACUUAACAUUUGAGUUUAGAUGGAACCAUCAGACAUGGACUCUCCUCUAGACUUUGACUCUGAAUACCAGCAUAACUCCCCUCCUCUCUCCGUGAACCUACAGCCAAUCACAGGACUCCACAAUGACAUCAUCACAGAGAGGAGGUGGAGCCUACAUUCACUCAUGUCUUUGAUGUUAGACUGUGAACUUUUUUUUCUCUUUAUCGCCUCCUGUUGGUCGAACCGAGAACAAAAGAUAUUUUAUUUUUGAUGCAGAAACAGCUGGCUCUGAUGUCAUCAUAUGCCGUCAGCCAAUCAGAAGCCGUUGUGGACUGCUGCAGAGACUUGCCCCUAAGAGAUCAGAUGUUUAACUGUUGAAUAUUAUCGAUCUGUGUGAAUGUGUUACUAGUCCUCGUCAACUCUUAGACUGUUUAAACCGUCCUGUUCUUUGUUUGUACGAAGUCUCAGUCCAGAACUAUAAAGUCCAGGUGGUGAGUGGAACUGCUGGUCAAAGGUGUAACCUAACCUCCAUCAAAGAGGUUAAACUGACUAAAAGUUCAGUCCUGUGCUCCAAGUGUAUGGCUUGUGUGCAAAUCCUCGAUGAGCUUAAAAAUCUCCUUUUCAAGAACAUUCUGGCCUCAGAGGCAGCAGUGAGCAGCCGUACUCCAUCAGAACCUCAUGGAUCCGGACCAUCGAUGCAAAGAUCAAGAUUUUUUCCUGAUACAAACUAUUUCCAGAUUUUUCAGGUAUACUGAAAACCUAAAUUAGACUGGGGCUGGUUAACGGUUCAGGCUUCUGCACACUGAGUCAGUGUUCUCUGCUGACUGUGAGAUUUUUGUUCUUUUAGAUUAGUGGUUCUCCUCUGGUCUUUCCUCAGGAACCUCCUCCUCCUCCUUAAUGAGACAUGGACUAACACAUCCCUGCAGUUUGGCCCUUAGAUGGAAAAAUGUGUGAUUAAACACAGAGACAGGACUAAACCAGGCUCAUCACUACAGAGGUAGACCUGCAUAGACUCAUGAUAACAUGGACUCUUGGUUUUUGUUACCAUGGCGACAGCUGUAAUCAGAGAUAGAUGAGUCGAGUUAAUUAGAAAACAACUCAAACGUAACCGAUCACAAAUCUAUAUCCACUGUCAGGGUCUGACCAGGGUUGGAAUCACUUUUCAAACACUUUAUUGUGUAUUUUUAAGCUUUUCCUGCAUUACAGUUGUGGUAAAUUACAGAUUUGAACAAAGUAGGGCUGUUUAAUGAUUUAAGUUUUUAAUCGCCAUUAAUCUCCAUAUUUUGAAAUUCCACUAUUUUGCAUUUAAAACUGUUUUUGUUUUAAACUAAAGAUAUUCACUGCUUAUAUGGGUACAGACCAUUUUAUUUUGAAUUAAAGGCAGGACUGUAGGUAGAUCUUGGAUCAUGACAUGCUUUGAUUAAUUAUAAUUAGUGCAUUAACUCAGACAGCCCUGAUAUAUACCUGAUGUUUCAGAUGCAGGCCCAUCAUUAGUUUAGUGGGUUAAUCUGCUUUCUCUGCAGCCUCAGUGAUAAAUCAGACCACCGCUGCUGUCUGAGUCUCAUUUACCUUUACAAACCCACAGACAGCUCAGUGGACGCCUUUUCACUCUCUAUCCCCUUUGAGAUCCACAACAAUUUCCUUUUUCUCUGCCUAAGUUUAUGUUAGAAUCUCUAACCACCUUUCAGAAUAAAAGCAGUUCUGUUUUCAAACAGGAAGUUGAUUACCCUUCAUUUAAGGCAGGAGAAAAAUACAAGAUAGAGACAAAAACAGUUUAAUAGUGAUAAUGAAAUGAAAUAUAAACACGAUAAAUCACCAUUAACGACAGAAACUCUGAGCUUAUUGGAGAUUGAUGAUUGUAAACUUUUUUCACAUCUGUCUUUAAAAACAUUGUUUAUGGGUCACAGCAGCUGUAGCGCCCCCUGUCUCCCUCGUACUAAACUUCACUUUAAACGUCAUGUUGUUCCUCUUCAACCACAUAAAGACUGAGCUGAAAGACGCCGUCUCUCUCGCUCAGCCUCAGUGAGUUCUACCGGCAGAAACAGGUCAGUUAUUGCCAAAGCAGUGUAGAAGACAUGAAAAUAAGCGUCACAUAUAAACCGGCGUAUUCAGCCACUCCAGUCUCUCUGUGUGGUUUUAUUAAGCAGUAUUAUUAUUCUGAUCUGACUCAUGCUUUUAGAUUAGCCAGACUCAGUGUGCUGAGGCCUUUACCGCUAGUCUUUAUGUUAAGCUAAGCCAAGCUAAGCUAAGCUAAGCUACGCUAACAGUAAUACAUGUUGGACUGUUCUUUACACUCCCUGUCCUCUAAAAGUGCCAUCGUUUGAUGUGUUGUAUGAUUACUGACGUGGUGAUGAAGAGGAAGAUGACAAUAGGAAACCGAAUGUCAGCUCGUCUGCAGUGAUGUCACUUCCUGUCUGUGUUGUGGGCGGAGCAUGUGUUUGUUAUCUGAAAACAUCAA